AUGUCCUGUCACUGCCAAUCAUUAAUACCCCAACCGCCAAACCGAAGAGUCCCCCUUUCGUCAGCUCAUCAGUCAUCCUCUGCAACCAGGGCUCUCACCGGGUUGAGCAUCCUUGGCAGUUUAUUCGCUAGCUCCUGCUGUGUCAUUCAACUUCUGCUGAAUUCACUCCAGCUCGGCUGUGCUGGCUUUGCCGUCCUCAACCCAUGGAAGAAUCACUUCAGAGCCCUCACCGUCCUUGCGCUGGCCCACCUCCUGUACCGAGACGGAUUUAACCGAAAAAGCCUUCUGACCAUCGCGCUCACGACUGCCCUCAUGUUCAGCCAGGACGCGGUGCGGUUCCAUAAUCUCCACACAAGCCGGCUACACCCUCCACCACCAGCACCAGCAAAUGCAGCAGCAGCAGCAGAGCCGGCCGGGCAUCACGUCUCUGCGAGCACCAACUCGAGCGCAAAUAGCUCAAAGCACAACCGCCGCACGGACGAAACCCAGGCAACCGCCACGAAUGGCACUGUCGCAGCCACUACCGCUGCAACGGUCACCGGCAUCAAGUGCGAGGGCUGUGCCGCGCGCCUCAAGCUGGCCUUGAUGCGGUUGCCCGGGGUAGAGCGGUGCGCUGUGGACUACGCAAGCGGCCAGGUGCUUGUAUGGGGAGCACGGGGAGACAGGGAGUUGACGGAGGGGGAGCUGAUGUGGGCCGAGAGGUCUCACUCCCUGAGGGGAUCCCCCCUGAGUUAUAGCGGCAAGUUAGGGUCCCUAUCGGCGACAGCAACCGACGUCGACGGCAACGGGCGUUACAAACUCAGUGCAACGCCCGUUGUUUGUCCCGGUGGCAACGGUGGCAGCGCGCACUCUGGCAGCAUCACGGAUGCUGUUGCUACGGUGACAUUUGAAUUGCUGAGUGACAAAAAGCGAACCAGUCGGAGAGCCCAGUUGUGUUCCAUAUGUUCCAUGAAGAUGUCGGCGAGAGGCGCUGUAGUGGCAGUGGUGGUGGCAAUCGCGUUCGACCCUAAGACGAUGAGAUGA